GUCGUCAGGGCCACAGUUAUCGCAUGGCUGGCCGAUUACACGUAAACCCUUCCUCCGUCUCAUCGUCUCAUCGUUGGUUAUCGUUGUCAACACCGUUCCUCCGUCAACUUUGUUGCAUUUUUGAUCUCGCUGAUGCUGGUCGACUACGAAAGUGAUUCUCCUAUGAUGCAGCGAACGUCUCGUUUGGUUUUGAAUCAAAAUGAUGAACGCAUCCUGGCAAACGAUUACCGUGAGAACCUACCACCGGUAACGGAAUGGAUUCAGCGGAAGGCCAGGCACGUUUGCAGCUUGGCGAUGGUGAAAAAACGUCUGCCAGUCCUGUCCUGGGCAGCGAGUUAUCAAUUAUCGUACCUGCUGUUCGAUACGAUCGCCGGAGUUACCGUGGCCCUGACGGCGAUUCCGCAGAGCAUUGCCUAUGGUAUCCUUUCGAAUAUGGGCCCAGAAUACGGCAUUUACUCCAAUGUGAUGGGAUGCAUUGGAUACGCACUGCUGGGCAGCGUUAAGGAUGUGACCAUGGCCCCGACCUCGCUGACGGCAAUCCUGGUGCAAGGUAUCGUCAUCGAGUUGGGCUAUGGCACAGCCUUGCUGACGUUCCUGUCCGCGUUGAUCACGAUCACUUUCGGGGUGCUGAAUUUGGGCAUUCUCGUUCGCUUCAUCUCCAUUCCCGUCGUGAUGGGGUUCCAGACGGCUGCUUGCCUGACGAUCGGUAGUGCUCAGCUGCGAUCGCUGCUAGGAAUCAGCUCCAAGGGCAACGGCAGCGAUUUUGUGUCAUCCUGGUCGAAUGUGUUGACACAUCUCAGCGAGGUUCGGUUGGCCGACAGUCUGCUCGGUGUGGGAUCAAUAGCGUUCCUCUUGCUGUUCCGGCUAACGAAAAAUGCGGAUGUCUGCAGCACACGAUCUUUCUUCAAAUACGCCCGCCUGCUGAGUAAUGCGAUCGUGGUGGUGAUCGGUGCAGCGCUAGCAUUCCUCCUUACGACUGAUAUCGAUCACCCGGUAUUCCAUCUUACCGGUCCGGUAAAGCCAGGUUUGCCAUCGUUCCAGUUACCUCCCUUUUCGUACACCAACGAGAAUGGCACGGUGUACGAUUUUGGUGAAAUGGUCGGUGUAAUGCGGACAACGAUCAUAACCAUACCGCUGGUUACAACGCUAGAGAUCGUAUCGGUGGGGAAGGCUUUUUCGAGGGGCAAACUAAUUGACGCCACUCAAGAAAUGAUUGCCCUUGGUGUGUCGAAUCUAUUGGUAUGCUUUUGUUCGCCCGUUCCCGUAGCUGCCUCCUUUACACGUUCUGCGAUCAACAGUAGCAGCGGUGUACGCACCCCGCUAGGCUGCGCGAUCACCGCGACCGUGCUUAUGCUUUCCUUGGCGCUACUGACCGAUGCACUUUACUACAUUCCCAAAGCAACAUUAGCCUCCGUCGUGAUAACGGCAAUGCUGUUUCUCGUAGACUAUAAAGAAAUAGGAAAUAUUUGGAGAACCAAAAAGCUGGACAUGAUUCCUUACCUUGCUACCGCUUUGUCUUGCCUGUUCUAUGAACUUGACUACGGCAUCUUGAUCGGGAUCGCAGUGCAUUGCGCAUUCCUGCUCUAUCUGGUGUCUAGUCCACGCUUGUCGGCGGAAGUGUGCCUAGCAUCGGACAUCUGCGUCCUUUUGGUGAGAAUCGACCAAGCAUUGGCGUUUUCUUCUGCUGAACUGCUUCGGGAUUGGAUACUGGAGAGGAUCGCAGAACACGGAACGCACCUCGACCUGGUGGUCAUCGAUGGGCAGAACGUGCACACUCUUGACAUGACCGUGGCCAAAAAUAUCGCUAGCAUCGAGGGGGACCUAAGGGCACGACAUAUUAGUUUAAUGCUGUGGCGUUUUGAGGAAGUAGUUGCUUUCACUCUGUUGCGGAUGAAUAAGGAAUUGUUUUUCCCUUUACUGCGAGCUGAUAACGAGUUAGAACAAGCAGUAUCAAGAUGGAAACAUCUACACUCACCACCCCCGCCCAGCUGCUUACCUACACUUACAGCUGCUCCCAGUCCCUGACUCCUUAGCAAAUUGGUGGGUACAAGGUGCCAAAGACAACGGAUUGUAAGAUCAAAAAGAGGCUUUAGCAAUACAGAUGUUAUGUAAUUCAAUUUAUA